CGGAUGAGUGCGCAGGGGCAGCGAGUGGCUCACUCAGAGCCAUUUCCUUCCUCCGACAGACCACUAAUAUGGAGUUAGGGGCUUAUAAAUGCGAGCGUAACGGUUCCUCGAGCAAACCCGUUGACAGACGGCUGGAACCCAGAAGAACUUAGACGCGAAACAUCGGAGGCUCAAAAAUGAAUAAUGUCACGCUGUUGCUUGUGUGGGUUUUCCUUUGUGUGGGAAAAGCCGGCGGGAUCGCGCCGGAAAGCGGAUACUGCAUCGGGAAUGAAUGCUUCACGGUGUUCCGGGAUGCCAGCAGCAGCUUCAGAAACGCGCAGCGUCAAUGCACAGAUGCCGGCGGCCACCUGAUGACGGUGCGCUCCUCUGUAUCACAUGACGUUCUGCAGAUCCUGUUAGGAAACCUAACGGGGAGCUUCUGGAUCGGCUUGCAGCUCCUGAGCGGCUGUCCGGACGACUCCGCGGGGCUGAAGGGCUUCCAGUGGGUGACCAAGGACGCGGAGAGCGACUUCACCAACUGGCCGCUGAGCUUCAACAGCAGCUGCUCCUCCGGCCGCUGCGUGUCCGUGUCCAAGGAGGACGACUUUAAAUGGAUCCAGGCGCAGUGCGAGGGGCGCGCCGCCGGGUUUCUGUGCGAGCACAGCUUCAGUGACCCGUGCAAGGGGCUAGCCGUGGCCCCGGGGGAGUCCGUCUCCUACGAGACCCCGCUGGGCUUCACGGCGGAGGACCUGCUGUUCGCGCCGCCGGGGAGCGUCGCCACCCGUCUGCCGUCGGAGACCACGUCCAUCUGCUUCUCCCAGCGCUGGCUGCGGGCGCCGUGGAGCUGCGAGAUCAACGAGGGCGGGUGCGAGUACCAGUGCGCCGUGGACCCCAGCAGCAAAGCCCCGUCCUGCUACUGCCCCCCGGGGCAGACCGUCAACCCGGCCAACAACGUGAGCUGCGAGAAGGAGCAGGACGCGGACGACCCGUGCCUGCUGCUGCGCUGCCAGCAGGUCUGCUACAAGGACGGGGACGCGCACGCCUGCGCCUGCGAGCACGGGUACCAGCUGGCGGAGGACGGCCGGUCGUGCGUGGACUUCAACGACUGCGCGGACCCGCGCCAGUGUCCCGGGGAGAACUUCAGGUGCGUCAACACGCCCGGCGGCUUCCAGUGCGUGUGCCAGGCCGGGUACAGGCUGAAAGCGGGAACGUGUGUGGACGUGGACGAGUGCGCGUCUGCCCCCUGCGAGCACAUCUGCGACAACACCCCGGGCGGGUACGCGUGCUCGUGCUAUGAGGGCUACGCCGUGGACGCGCAGUCCUCGGACAAGUGCGCGCUGUUCUGCGGUAGGGAGGAGUGCCCGGCCGUGUGCGACCCCAACGACCCGAGCCAGUGCUUCUGCCCGCAUGGGUUCGUGCAGGACGUGCGGGACUCCGGCAGCUUCUGCGUGGACAUGGACGAGUGCGCGUACUCGUACUGCGACCAGAGCUGCGAGAACACGUACGGCGGGUACACGUGCUCGUGCUCGCCAGGAUUUACCCUGGUCGAAAUAUACAAGUGCAUUAAGAACGAUGACGAGGAUGGAGACGGAGACGGGGGCUCUGGGAUGACGCGCGCCCCCGAUGUGCUCGGGACGACGCGCGCUCCCGCGCCGGCUCCGACACGGAGGCCGUCCGCGGUGUCGGCGGGCGGACUCGUGGGGAUUAUCGUGUGCACGGUGUUCUUCGUGGUGCUCCUGGUGUUCGUGGCUCAUCUCGUGUUCACCCGCAGGAGGAAGCAGGAGCAUCAGGUCGCGUAAAAGCUGCCGAGGUCACGGCAGGUCAAGAGAGACUGCAGUUUAACGCUGUGUUCCAUUUGUACUCGGAAGUCGGAAUUUUCUAUCAAAACUUUUGAAGUUUCAACUGGACACCCCCAACCCCACCCCUGAAGUUGAAUAUAUCAUGGUUCCGACUUAAUGUCAUAAACAAAAAACGAUGUCCGUCCUCUUAUCAGUGGACGUGCUGCUGUUCGUACGUGCUAAAUGUUUUAUACAGUGUGGUUAUAAAUCAGCAAGCUGUGCUCCAUAACUUCAGGACUCGUAGGGAUGUCACCUGACCACUUUCCAGGUGUAAAAUCACAAACCAGCCUCUCUGAGAGUCGGACUAGCCGUUGGCAAUGCUGCAUCAUGGCAACGCUGGGCGGUGAAAGCAGCAGAGCGGUGGACGCCAGCAGUGGCAGUGCCUUAUCCUGAUGUCAGGGACACUGAAGCUCCUCCGACCCUCCGAGAUGAACUUUCAGCAGCGUUCCAGUUGAAACGUCCAACUGGGAAUCUUGAAAUGCAAAAUUCAGAAAACACAACGUUCCCACCGCCAGCUUUGUGAGAAACAGUGCCUCAUAGAAACCGCUGUGCAUUUAGCACAAAUACACAGCAUAGCAACCAUCCACCGGUAAAUAAUGUGAACAUUAUAAGACAGUGUUGUUAUAUACGCUAGAAUGAGCUGAGGUUUUACUUUUAUUCAAUUCAUGUAGCAGCCACGCUGGGUCUGAAGUCAGGGACAGGUGAGGUCUCUCUGACCCUACAACUUGGAAUUCCCAUUUCAGACGGCGUUCGAGUUAAACCUCCAACCAGGAACCCAGAUCUGCUGAGUUCUGAGUACAAAUGGAGCGUACCAGCAUGACAUGUGAAUGUACAAGUCAAGUCUUUUUAUUUUUUAAAAAGUUAAAGUUUGGAUAGACUUGAGAAGAUGCAGAUGACAAGGGGAGAGCAAUAAAACGAGUUAGAUGUUGUGAUGGCUUAGAAUUCCAUGUAGUAACACAUCCAUAAUACAGUUGUUACAGUUUUCUGUGAAUAAGGACUUGAACUGCCGUGUCAGGACUGGUUUUGUUUACCACUCAACUCACAUACAACAGGUGCCAUGUAAUGGGACUGACAAAAGAACCCCGCCUCUGUUAUAGUUUGUACUGGGAUAUUAAAAAUGUUUUUAAAAAACCUAAA